AUGGUGACCGCCCAUGAUUUCUUAACGGGACGUAUGUGUGAAAAGGCCGAAGUUGACGUCGUCUUAGUUGGCGACUCACUUUCCAUGACGACCCUCGGGUACGACGACACCAAUGAGCUCACCCUUGAGGAGUUCUUGUUCCAUGUUCAACUGGUAUCGCGGGGUAACAAAUCCUCGUUUAUUGUAGCCGACCUUCCAUUCGGUACCUUUGAGCGGAAUCUUGAACAGGCUAUUGACUCGCUGGUUCGUAUCAUCAAGGAAGGCAAAGUUCAAGGCAUCAAAAUCGAGGGUGCUAGCCCCGAUACCCUUACUACCAUCGGUAAAUUAGUUGAUAUUGGCAUUCCCAUCAUUGGGCACGUGGGGUUAUUACCGCAAAAGCACAAUACCAUUGGAGGGUUCAAAUUACAAGGCACUCUGGUUGAAAGCGCUUUGAGAAUCUAUGAGGACUGCUUAGCUUUACAAAAGGCUGGCGUGUUUGGUAUCGUUCUUGAAUGUAUACCCAAUCAACUCGCAAAAUACAUCACCGAGCGGUUAGAAGUCCCCACCAUCGGCAUUGGUGCUGGUCCACAUUGCCUGGGCCAAGUGUUGGUGAUUGCAGACAUGUUGGGAAUGUGCGAUGGCCACAUUCCUAAAUUUGUCAAAAAGUACAACAAUUUCUUCGACCAAGGUGUCGAGAGCAUAAAACAAUAUGGCAAGGACUUAACCGACAAAACAUUUCCUGAGCCUGAUGAACAUGGCUAUAAAAUAAAGCGGGACGGUUCACCAUUCAGCGAACGAGGUUCACGUUCGAGCCUGGGGCUCAACCUCCCUAGCCUGAGCAAUAGCCGCCAACUGAACUCAUCUCUGCCAUCUGAUGUGUCGAGCACCAUCAGUGCUCGUUCGAGUACGCAAACCAGCGGGUUACUGAAUGACAUCACUCCCGGUUCCAACGAUCACGGCACGGAGGCCCCUCAAGACAACAAGAUUGUGGCUAAUCAUGACCCUGAGGUUUUGAGAGUGUUUGUAAUCCGUCAUGGGCAAACCGAUGAGAACGUUCAAAAGAUUUUACAAGGUCAUUUGGAUACCUCUCUCAACCAAACUGGAGUUGAACAAGCGCAAAAGGUCGCUAUAGCACUUCGAGGCAUCCCUUUCGAAAACUUCGUUAGUUCCGACCUCCAACGGUGUAAACAGACGCUCCAAUACAUUCAACUAUUCCAUCCAGAUAUCCCCACCCGAUACUCAACGAACCUCCGUGAGCGUGACAUGGGUGAGUGCCAGGGAAUGUAUCUUACGGAUGCACUUGCCAAGUAUGGUACCAACUUCCGUAAUGUAGGUGAGGCAAAGGCUGAUUUCAUCGAUCGAAUUGAAAAAGAGUGGAACCACUUGAUUCAGCACAACCCUUCUAGCCGUAAUGUCGCGAUUUGCACUCAUGGUGGUGUGGUUACUGGCUUUUUGAAUCAUCUAUACCAAUGCGGAUAUGGCCUUCUGGACUUGUUGCGUGAAGAGAAUUUGAAGGUGCCAUUCAAUACGCUGAUUGCUGUUGUCGAUAUUAACAGAACACUGGAGAAAGGAGUGAUUCAAACUUUCGGUAAUACUGACCACCUUGGAGCGCAGUUUGAAGUCAAGGAGCAAUUACUCCGGUAA